AUUUGACCUACAUAUGAGUUCUGUAAAUAUAUGCUUUACAUAAAAGAAAUCUUUGAUUCUUCUCCUCGAGAAUGGAGUCCCUUUUCCGCCAUUUUCCCUUUUUAUUUAAAAUAAAAUAUAACAAGACGUGCGUGAAAUUGUGAUCUUUAUUUGGUUCUGUGGAUUCUUGUUUCAGAUCUGACUUGAAGUUUAAGAAUUACUUUCCUGGGCAUUAUUUAUUUUCUUUGGAAUUUAUAGAGAGUUGCAUAUACAUCAGUUGGUGGUAGUGGGUAGAAGACCUGUGACGAUGAAGUGGGCUUUGGGGUCCAGGGCAAGGAGCCGCCAUAGCUCGGUGGUGGCGGUUGGAGAGGAGCCGCCUGGUGGGAGUCAACUUCUCGGUGAAGGGUUGAGACAGAGCUGCUGGGCUAACAUGCCUAUAGAGCUUUGGAGAGAGGUGUUGAUUAGGAUUGAGGAGUCGGAAGCUAAGUGGCCAUCGAGGAAGAGCGUGGUGGCAUGUGCCGGUGUGUGCCGCAGUUGGAGGGCUAUCAUAAAGGCGGCCGUCCAAACCCCUCAAGCUUCUGGCAAAAUGACCUUCCCAAUUUCAGUCAAGCAGGCCCAAAAAACCGCGUAAAGCUGUAACUGAUUGGGGUGUUGGCCAGUCCGUGAUAGCCUUGAUUUUUGCUGGAUCCGCCUCAACGCCUUUGCUAUGGAUGACAUCCCCGAGAUAUUGGACUUGCGGUGCGCCAAAACUGCAUUUGGAUUUUUUUAAGGACAGACCAUGAGUGAGCAAGGUCUCCAAUACCACAUGGACAUGAUAAACGUGUUCUACCCAUGACUUACUAUAAAUGAGUAUGUCAUCAAAGAAAACGAGGACAAAUUUGCGAAGGUAUGGUGCAAAGAUGUCGUUCAUUAAGAUUUGAAACGUUGAUGAUGCAUUGGUGAGUCCAAAUGGCAUGACUAAUAAUUCAAAGUGGCCGUGAUGAGUUCGGAAAGCCGUCUUUUCAAUAUACUCUUCUGCCAUGCGAAUCUGAUGGUAGCCCGAGCGCAAGUCAAGUUUUGUAAAGAAUUUGGAUCCAUGAAGUUCGUCCAGUAACUCGUCGAUGACCGGAAUUGGAAACUUGUCUUUAAUGGUUUUGGAAUUGAGUUCCCUGUAGUCGACACAAAAUCGCCAUGUACCCUCGACUUUCUUAACCAGAAGGACGGGUGAUGAGAAAGGAGAGCGGCUGGGGCGGAUGAUACCCUGCUGAAGCAUCUCCGUACACUGCCUCUCAAUCUCGUCCUUUUGGAAAUAGGGGUAACGGUAAGGACGAACAACCACUGGACCAGUUCCUGGAAGCAAAGUGAUCUUGUGAUCACAAGCACGUGGCGGUUGCAGUCCAGCAGGCAACCUGAAGAGGUCCUCAAAUUGGGCCAGGAGACUCUCCAUGCUAGGGGAUGUGGUUGUGAUCAUGUGGGCCUGAAGUGUUGGGACUCGAGUAUGACCGUGCCAUUCCACUGGAGUGCCCUGCCAGAUGAAGCGCAUGAAAAGACGUGAAAAAUCCCAUUCAAUCGAGCCGAGGCGUUGAAGCCAAUGAACGCCCAAUAUCAUGUCAAACCCGGCCAAUGGAAGCACAUAAAAGUCCGCAAUAAAUGUGCGUCCUCCCACCACGAAGUUAAGUUGAGGACAUGUGCCUAGGAUAGGUACUCUGUCCCCAUUAGCCACUUGAACAUGGAGACGGGAUCCAGGAUGAAUUGAAUGGGUAUUUUCUGGAACCAGCCUUUGAUGUACAAAAUUAUGAGUACUACCCGAGUCUACCAGAACUGUAAUGGGUAUAUCAUGAAGAGUUGCUGCCAAUUGCAUAGUGGAAGUCGAACCGAGGCCAGUCAUAGCAUGAAGGGAGAGAGUUGGCUCAAACUGAUUUUCUGACUGGUCUUCAUCCAUAAUUUCAAUAAAGAAUAGCCUUUUGCAUUGAUGGCCACGGACCCAAGGAUCGUCACAGUUAUAACAAAGGUCUUUUCCCCUACGGAUAGCAGCCUCUGCGCGAGAUAUCUUUUUGAAGUUUGGAUUUGUUUGGCGUCGGUUCGGGUUGGAUUCCGCAGUGGCAGGUACUGAUGCUGAACGUGGGUUGGAUUGGGGGCGCACUAGAAGUUCAGGCGAAUAGUUUGGCAGGUGAUAUUUGUGUUCGACAGUGCGGGCCAACAUCAUAGCUGAGUCAAGGUCUAAUGGAUCCUGCUACUCAACCUCCAUUCGGACAACCUCGCGGAGCCUGGCUGUAAAUAUCUUAACCUGCAUACGGGCAGAGAUCCCCACCGUGCGAGCUAAUAUUUGUUGAAAAGUUUCAAUAUACAACUCAAGGUCGCUUGUCUGGCGUAGUUUGGCAAGUUCUCCUUCGGGAUUGGGACUACUAGGCGGGCCAAAACGUUUCGUACAUCUGGUGUAGAACUCUGUCCAAGAGACUGGUGAAGCGCUCGUAUCCAACUGAUUAGCCCAAAGUUGCGCUGUGCCGAUCAUAUGGAAAGUCGCCAGGCCAAGCCGAGCUUGAGCUGGGGUACGUUGCUGAACAAAGAAGCUUUCACAACGUUUUAGCCAUGACAGAGGGUCACUCUUCCCAUCGUACUGUGGAAAUUCCAUCUUGGAGAAUCUGGGAACCAAGGAGUCUUCAUGAUCACGGCGAAAAGAGUCAGCUUCUCUUCUGCGUGCAAACUGGGGAGAACCAGAUGAUGGUUCCCCUGUUAACCUCUGCAUGGUGGUGGACAAGGCUUCCAUGGCCGCCGGAAGAGCGAGCAGUUUAUCCAUAGAUGCCUGCAGAUCUGCCAGUUGUUGUUCAACAGCCAGUUGUCGUUGGUCGACUCUCUCGAUCAUGGUUUUCAGGGAAUCGGCAGCAGUAGAGUCGGUCCCCAUCGUCCCAGAAGCUGAUACCAAGUUGUUAAGUGCGUGAGUCAGAGACCUUGUCCAAGGAUGUGAACGGGAUUGACCACAGGUAUAAUUUCAAGUGCGUGAGUCAGAGACCUUGUCCAAGGACGUGAACGGGAUUGACCACAGGUAAACGAUGAUGUUCCUGGAGCUAUUUUAAUUGACGAGGAAUAGACGAACUGAAUUAGAGGCUUAAUAGAUAAUUAUCGAUCCCCGACCUAGUCAAGAGAUUUCAAGAUUAAUUAAGCAAAAAGCUGUUUUUUAAAGUAGCUGGGAUCCCCUUAAAUAGAUAAAGGGUUUCCUAAAACAAAAUAGGAAACUAAGUUGCUAUUCUAAUACAACUAAGAUAAAGGGUUUCCUAAAACAAAAUAGGAAACUAAGUUGCUAUUCUAAUACAACUAAGAUAAAGGAAUACUAAUUAAAGUAGGACUAAUUAAAUACUAAUAUUAAUAUGACUCUAACUGCCUUCUUAUUUCUUUUCUCUUAGCCACGUUGGUCAUUAAUCUUAUCUGCCCCACACUGCUUCCUUCGUUCAUAUGUACGGCCAUAGAAUUGGUCCGUAACAAAUUACUUUCCAUUAAGAGCCAAAGCUAGAUUUUCAUUUCCAUCAAUACAUUUCCAACCUGGUAAGGGUAUAGGUAUAAUUUCUCUUUUCUUCUAAAAACAGGGGUAUGGGCAAGGCAUUUGUAUAGUUAAAAAUAUUAAAAGUUCCUAAUUUGCAUUAGGUUAUUGCCGAGAUUCUACUUGAUAAAUAAUAACCACAAUAAUUUCAACAUAAAACAAGUCUUAAUUAUUCAACUCUGCAUAAAGAAAGCCGUAACAUCAUUUAAUGAGACGAGGGCGAGUGCCUCAUGGCUCAUGAGAGAAGAUUUUAGGGAUAUAAGAAAAAUUAGAGAAGAAUAAUAAGUUUUACAUCGGAUGAGUUCAGAUUGGAGUUGUAUAUAUAGUAGGUAUAAACAAAUUAAAAGAAAAAAAACUAUCCAAAAUUAAAUUUAGAAAGUAUUAGCUUGCUCAUGCAUGACUGUUUUGGAACAUAUGUAGUAUUUGGUUAAUUGUUUGUGUUUCAUUUUAUUGGUGAUUACCUGAUUAUGCUACAUUUUAUGCAUCGACUGGUCAAAAAUCAUCAUCGUUAUGAUGGGAGCUGCCUAAUUGCAUCUGAUUAACUACUUUAUGAAGCACCACUUGCAGCUUGUAUAUUCUAUAAUAUAGCUUGGGGAAAAUGAUAAUGUGAGAUUUGAUGUGAAAGUAUUUUGAUAUUUUUUCGCUUAAGACAUUAAAUCUGCCAUCCUUUCCUCAAAAUGGGUUUUCUGCUUUAUUUGCAGCCUGGCCCAAGGGGCUCUCUCAUGCAAUGCUUUAUAAAGCGGAACAAGUCUAAACAAACAUAUCAUCUGUACCUUAGUUUGACUCAAGCAUUGGCAAAUGAUGAUGGAAAGCUUCUGCUUGCUGCUCGAAAGUGUAGGAGGGCCACCUGCACUGACUACAUUAUUUCGCUGCAUGCAGAUGAUAUCUCAAAGGGCCUUGGAGGUUAUAUAGGGAAAUUGAGGUCAAAUUUUCCGGGAACCAAGUUCGCGGUGUAUGAUGGUUCUUCACAUCCGCACCAUGGAGGCAAAGUGGGAGAAAGUAGAUCCACUAGGGUUGUGGCCAUGAAGCAAGUUGUGUCUGGGGUACCUGUAGAAAACCAUGAAGUAGCUCACAUUUCGUACGAGUUGAAUGUGCUCGGAGCCAGGGGUCCAAGAAGAAUGCAUUGUGUUAUGGAUAGCAUUCCAGCACCUGCCAUUAAACCUGGGGGUGUGGCCCCAACUCAGACUGAUUUUCCAAUUGGAAAUGAUAAUUAUUCCUUUUCAGCAACAUCGUUUUCCAGACCAAUGGCAACUGCUAUGGAGAAAUCUUUAUCUGGACCCUUGGAGCUGGAGAGGCAAACAGAUAGGCCACUAGUUCUGAAAAACAAGGGCCCGAGAUGGCAUGAGCAACUCCAAUGCUGGUGUUUGAACUUCCAUGGGCGGGUAACAGUUGCUUCUGUUAAAAAUUUUCAGUUGGUGGCAGCUUCUCCGGAGAACGGUGCCCCGCCACAUGAGAAGGUCAUUCUGCAGUUUGGAAAAGUAGCCAAAGAUGUGUACACAAUGGAUUUCCGCUACCCAUUGUCCGCAUUCCUGGCGUUUGCCAUCUGUCUCAGCAGCUUUGAUACAAAGACUGCUUGUCAAUAACAUGGGACGCACGGUUUGAUAGUCAUGCAUGCCCCUUUGAACAAUAAGGCCUCCUUUGGUUCAAAGUAGGGGAGGAAAGGGGAGAGUCAAGGAGGGGAGGGAAGGGAAGGAUUUUUUGGUUGGAGGAAAUAAGAGGAAAGAUUUAAUGAAAAUAUUUUCGCAAUUUACUUUUAUUUGAUAGUUUACUUAAAAAAAUAGAUACAUGUCUAACUAUUGUGAAUAUUACUCCUAUGGUCAUGAGUCAUAAUUUUAUUUUAUUUGAUUUUUUACUUUUUUAGUUUUAUAAUUUUUCAUUUGAGUUUCGAAUUUUUUAUUUUUUAUUUUUAUUUUUUAUUUUUUUUAUUAUUAAUUUUUAAAAUUAUUAAUUUAUUAUGUUUAAAUUUUUUAAUUUUUAAUUUUUUAAUUUUAAAAUUUUUUAAUCUUUAAAUUUUUAAAUUUUUAAAUUUUUCAAAACUUUUUAUUUUUUACCUUUUUAUAUUAUAACGUUUUGUUCAUUUACGUAGGAGAUGAAUAGUUUGUGUUUAUCAACAUGUUUCCUCCAAAAUACCUCGAUUUGGGGGUUUAGAAUGAGAGGAAGUGAAAGAUUUUGAAAAUCUUCUACUUUCCUCCCCUCCCCCCUAUUUUCUUCAACCAAACACACACAAAUUCUUCACUUUCCUCCCCUCCCCUCCGAAACCUUCCAACCAAACAGGGCCUAAAUGUAUAUGCUUAAUAGAAGGAAAGGAGUAUGUCAAAAUUUUGAACAGCGAAAUUUGAGGAGGCACACAUGGCUUCUCUGUUUGACGAUUAAACUAGUUGCAUUUGAUGUAUCGUUAUCAUCCAUUUUGAGUACGUACUUCUUCGGUUGUUCCACAUCGUUUUUCCCAAUUGAUAAUAGUGACUUGCCAUAAUAAGUGUUGGAUCAAGGAGUAAAGAAGAACGCAAGUGUGGAAAUAGUUAUAGUACUAUCCUUCAUUCCAUAAAAGUUUCAAUAGUUUGAUUUUCACUUUUGCCAAC